GGUGCCGCAAUAAAAAGUGUGGCAUUGGUGACACUUCUUGUUAUUGGUCCACGUGGACUAAUAUGUGGCAGUGGUUAGGUUCGUUUAAUCCAAAUUUAAACCCUAUGGCCCGUGUAGUCAUGCUCUAAAUUUUGUGUUUAAUUAAAAGUAAUCAGAAUGUGUACGUUAUUGAUGUACUGCUCCGUUGAAUAUGAGUUGUACGUUUUAGACAGUUUGGUCUCUUUCGAUGCCAAAUGAAAGAGGAUGAGAUGGGAAAUGCGAGGUCACUGAACUUUCUUGUCUAGUUUGAUUAAGGUUUAUUUUUGCUUAGGUGGUCUUUCAUUGGAAUUACUCUAUCUCGGAGGGUUUGAUUUAGCUUAGCACUUGGCAUUGGAUCCUGUUUUACUGGAUUAUGAUAGUUGCACUCGCUAUGUUUGUGUAGGUAAGUAACUUAUCUUCUAACUGUCUGGGCUUGGUGAUUGAAUCUCAAAACUAAACAUUCGUAGUAGGGGAAUUCGUCAUUACCCUUAAAUAUGACUAAUUAAGGGCUAAUUCUCUCAUUACAUUCAUUUGCAGUACCACCGGGCCUACUGUGCUCAUCUGACUGCUUUUGAAGCUGAGUACUACAUAGAUCGAGGGAACCGCAACAGAUGACAGUUCAUCGAUCAGGGGAAUCGAUGUCAACAGACCAGCCGCUUCGAAGCAUCAAGGAAAAUCUGAAGAAUGUCAUGUUGUACUGCUAGUUUGUGGAGGGCUGUAGGUGCUAGGGGAGCUCGCUUGUAAUUACAUAGACAAUCUUAAUUUCAUUUGGUCUAGCUCAGAGAGAGUAAUAUAAUAUAGGCUGCUGGCUGAUAUGCAUCGUUGAAAGUAUCAUUAAUUCUUAAUUAAAUUUUAUCGAGAAGGGAAGUUCUGAACACUUCUUGACAAACUUGGGAAAUGUUUUAUAUAUAUAUAUAUAUACCAAUCUAUUAUGUAGAGUAGGGGUGUCAGUCGGUCGGUUUCAGUUUAACCGAAAAUCGAUUUCUCGGUUAUCGGUUAAACAGACCACCGACUGGUCGGUUUUUGGUUUUGGUUCGGUUUAACCAUGGUAAUCGCUAGGCCAUCUAUUUCCUCCCAUUCUCGAUGCUUCCCUGUUCCCAUCUCCUGCUACUACCCUUUCCUCUCCCCAAAAAAUUAUUCAUCCUACCUCUCCAUUCCCGAUCUCGUCCCUUUCAGCUACAAACUCUAUAGCAGGCGAAUCGGGAUCACGUCGGGGAUAUGCUUGUUGAUCCAGCACAAGCCAGAGAUGAAAGGGGACCGCUAUGAGGCCAUCUACAGGUUCUACUUCGGAGAUUACGGCAACAUCGUCGUCCAGGGGGCGUACCUCACCUACGAGGACAACUUCCUGGCCGUGACCGGCGACUCGGGGAUUUUCGAAGGGGCGUACGACCAGGUGAAGUUGCACCCGCUGAUCUUCCCUUUCAAGCUCUUCUACACUUUCUAUCUCAAAUCUUAAGGGGACGGAAGUUGGCGAAGGCGGAGGCUCGCCUGCUCUGCUAGUCGACGACGACGAAUGCAAAGGCGGAGGAGGUUCGCACGCGAACUGGGUGGAGUCGGAGGUGAGGCGCGGCGCGCGAUCGGGGAGAUGGGGGAGGGAAGGGUCGUCGAAUUAGGUUAUUCGAUUUGGGGGUGAUGGAUUCUCUAUGGUUUUGGGAUGGGGAGAAGGGGAUUUUCAGUGAGGGUCGGUUAGCCGGUUAGCCGCGGUUAAUUAUGUCCGGUUAUUGGGCUAGACGGAGCCCUCUGCUACACAUCCGAGCACCGACCGAGGUCUAGCUCCAUCCGUCUUUAUUGCAACUGUAAGUGGCAACAGUUGUGAGCAUCCCCACUGUGCAUAGGCCACCUGAGAUUAGUAGAGAUUCAAACCAAGCUAGAGACGUAGUUUUGGAAGUGUUGACCCUCUGCAUUACAGCUACAUAUGCUGGUUGUACCCAAAAGAACCACGCAAAACGAGGCGGAUGACGCAGAUCGAGGGAGGGCGACUCUCUUUGGGCCGGGUCGUUCGAUACUUAGCCGGCAGGCUGUUUGAUGGGGACAGAGGGAUUCCUUCGCCUCUUCUCUGGUCUACAGUAUAAAUCUAGCACGAAACAAUGAGAAAUUUCAAUCGAGACGUUAAGUCGGAGCUGAAAAUGGGAUGGAUGACAGGGAAGUCGUCGGGAGAGACCGCCGAAGAGGAGGAUCGAGGUAGAAUAGAAAAACACAUAUGAGUUAUAACGGAGCAACUUUUCUGUUACUUUGGAAGAGACGGUUUGUGCCACUUCUUAUGGGCUAAAUGGGUUGGGUUGCUAUUUAAUGAAUUCAUCCAUGCCAU